GCUCUUUUUUUUUUUUCUUGAUUUUACUUUUUUAUCAUUCCCAAUUUUAUGAUCAAGCUUUGCGGAACCAACAUAGCCAUUUUUGUCCUAUUGCUCAUCUUUUCUAUCUCUCUCCUCUUUCUCUCGCAUCUUCAUCGUCUUCGUCAAGUAGGAUUUCUCUUCGCUCCAGCAAUAAACUGUAAUUCGAUUAGGACAACAUUUUGGAAAAAUCAUAUUGUUUUCGGCAAUAACUUGAAGAGGAGAAAGCCUGUUUAUUAAAUCACACCGUAAUUUUCAACAUUUCAAACCGGAAAAUAGAAUUCAUUCUGAUGACUAGGACUGUUCUUGCUGACACGCAGCUUUCUGUGAAGCACUUCACAGUAGACCGGGAGCAAGCUUGUUUUAAUCCUAGACCUUGCCUUCUGUGCUUUUGGCUAUGCUUAGCAAUAACCUGUACCUGCAGCAGUUUCAGCAAGCAGAAUUAGGUUCUUUAAUUGAACGAUAAGUUUCAUUUAGCUGGGUGGAAGCAUAUAGAAGUAUAAAGCAAUGAAUAGUCACUCAGGUCUUGGUAGACCCACCUCAGGUAAAAGAAGGCUUAAGGAUUUACUACAACAAAAGGAUAACCGCACUUGUGCUGAUUGUGGAGCCUCAGAUCCUAAGUGGGCAUCAGCGAACAUUGGAGUUUUUAUAUGCUUAAAAUGCUGUGGUGUGCAUAGAAGCCUUGGAACUCAUAUCUCGAAGGUUUUGUCUGUGACAUUAGAUGAGUGGUCUGAUGAAGACAUAGACGCAAUGGUUGAGGUUGGAGGAAAUGCAGCGGCUAAUGCAAUUUAUGAGGCUUUUAUUCCAGAUGGAUCUUUAAAGCCUGGACCUGAUGCAAGUCAUGACGAUCGUAUGAGAUUCAUCAGAUCUAAGUAUGAGCUUCAAGAAUUCCUGAAACCUAGCCUACGAAUCACAUCAACACAUGCCACAAAGAGCUCACAUCAAGCAAGCUUCUCCGAGGAGCAUAGUUCACACUCAUCAAAGUUAUCGUGUAGCUCUGAUGGAAUGGUCGAAUUUAUUGGAGUAUUGAAGGUCAAAGUGGUGAAAGGGACCAAUUUAGCUGUCAGAGACAUGUUAUCAAGUGACCCUUAUGUUGUGCUGAAUGUUGGACAUCAGACAGUUCAAACAUCUGUUGCAAAGAGCAAUCUGAAUCCCAUUUGGAAUGAGGAACUCAUGCUUUCUGUACCACAACAAUAUGGAUCAGUGAAAGUGAAGGUGUAUGAUCACGACACAUUCUCAGCUGAUGACACCAUGGGUGAAGCGGAGAUUGAUAUCCAGCCAUUGAUAACCUCUGCAAUGGCGUAUGGAAAUCCAAACUUGUUUGGUGAUAUGCAAAUAGGGAAGUGGUUAAAGUCGGACGAUAAUGCUCUUAAAGAAGAUAGCAUAAUAAACAUUGUUGACGGAAAGGUGAAACAGGAGAUGCAACUGAAGCUUCAGAAUGUAGAAUCUGGAGAGUUAGAAUUAGAAGUUGAGUGGGUGCCUCUUGCGCAAUAGAUAUCAAAAUAAGUAUGAAUUCGGAGCACAAGGAAUGUAUUAUAAAGAGCUGCCAGAGUCGGAUUUCAAUACUAUGUGUAUCCUAUGUAUUUUAAUUUGUUUACCUUGGGUUCGGGGAUUGAUUUAAUAAUCUUUUCAAAUGAAGAAACUAGAUUUGUUGAGAUUAUGUUCUUGGCAUUGUUGUUAAUGCGAAGAAGCUUUUCUUUAUAUCUACAAUAUAUUAGUACAAUUUUUGAGUGACAAGAGGAGAAUUUUACGUUUAGGUUCGUAUCGAUGUUUAAGUCUUGAGAUGACAUAAGGUUUGUUCAUGUCCCUUAAUGUUAGGGGGUUUAAGCGAUUGGAUAACUAGUUCAUGCCCAAAAUUUAAAAUCACCUUUUUUGGUAUGUAAGUUAUUUUAUAAAAACAUUAGAGUACAUAAUUAUCUAUUUUCUUGAGAUGCAUGUUAAUCCCUAUUUUCUUCAUUUCCUUAAUGCUACUAAAUUUUUUUAAACUUGUGCAAAGGGGUCAACAGUUCCAAAACUUGUGCAAAGGGGUCACCAGUUCUAUUACAUAGCUGUAUCAGCUAAUUCUCAAUCCAAACAUCUAACUAAAACACAAAGUAAUUAUAAAAAUCACUAUAAAAGUCCAACAUAACCAAUACAAUCUAGUCCAAUAUACAUUUACCAAAACCUAAU